CCCUAUGCAGCGAGCGUAUGGGUGGAGUAUAGUUUAAAAUACAGUUUUAAAUGUAUCGAAAGCGUGUCCGGCGCAUCUUCCGCCGGCUCUGACAGCGGGGCUGCAAUAAAUGACAGCGCGCCGGGAAAGUUUGUCCUAAAGCUGCCGGGUUGCGCUUUCGGUGUCUCGGACCUUCGGCUCUAAAAUGGCUGGCUGUAGGUCCGAGGAAGCUCCGGCACAAAAGGGAAGGAUCCGCUCCACACCGCGACUGUCUGUAAAUAUACACGUUUCUCUACUCCAAGCGACGCGUUAGUGAUGGCGUUGUCCCAGGUCCGAGAGCUGUCAAGACGCACACGCUCCAUUCUAAUCCUGGCAUUUUCGGACCGUGGACUGUGCGUAAUGGCGUCCUCCACGGACACUACUCCUCGGUCGCAAAUUUUAACCACACAAAUCAGGCUAGUAUUUACAAAUGAUGUGGAAUCUGAAUAAUAUUCAGAGGUUUUAGUUUAGGAUGAAGCGUUUUGGUGGGUUUAUGUUGCAUGUGGAUGGUACAAGUCUUUCGCUCACAUCAUCCAGAGCCUCCUGUUCUCCCGUGCGUUUCUCUGAAUGAUCGGUGACUCGGGUCGACCCCCCGGGAUGAAAUUCGCUGAGCUAUUAUUUAGGAUCAUACAAGAAAUAUAAAUAGGUAUGCCCCAAAAUGGAUUCUCAGUUGGCUACAGUCCUGACCAGUGGCAGCCUGGAUGUCCAAAAUGGCAGCCAGUGUACAGAGGGAUCAGGACCAGUGACAGAGGUUUUCUUGGACCCAAAGGAAAAAACCUCACCCAAUACAGUACCAGGUAACCUCCAGCCAUGCCCUGUCAAAGCAGUGACCAUCAGGCAAGACGCUCUAUCAAUCAAUGGGAAAAAGCCAGAGGUGGGCGGGACUCCUAAGCCAGCCUCUCAGGAAACAAGUAAGAUUGGUGGGUUCAGACAACCAAUUACAGUAAAGACUGGAGUGCCUGUUCUGCGCAGCCAGCCAAUCAGAAUCAAAAUUGUUGUUCCUCCACGGUGCAAGAGGCCAAUCACAAACUCCAGAAUCAGCCUGACCAAAGACUUUACUCACACACAUUUUAAAAGAUCUGUCCUGGUCACAUCAGGGACAGUGAUCAGAGAUAAAAACAGAAGUAAGACCCAAAUGUCUGCUGUUAAAAAUGAAGCAGAGAUCAAGGACAUCACUUGUAAAAUGACUGAAGAACCUAAAGCAGAAUCAUUCCAUGGCCAGGGGAGAAUAUGCAAAAAGACAGAUGUUUUGGAUGAGAAAAUUAUCCACACUGAUAAGUCAGAAACGUCUUUUAUCGCCAGCACUAGUACAAUUAAAAUACUAAGCCAACGGGAGAUUAAAGAAGAAAAUACAGAGAGAGAACUGGAGAAAAAGAUUCCUUUAAUUUUGCAAGAAAUGGACUUGCAGACUUGUAAGCUUGAUGCGGUAGGAACUGACGAACAGACAGAACCACUGGACCUGAGUAUGCCUAAGAAAAGAGAGAGCAGAGAGAGGAGAUAUGGACGUUUUCUGGAUGAUUCUGGCUGUGAGAGUUCACUGAUUAUGGAGGUGGAUGAGUAUGAGGGAGAAGGAGACAGAGACAUAGUGGAAGAGGAUGACAAUGAUGAACAAGCCUCUGUGUUCUGCGUUGAUGGCGCAGAUACACUGGAGGACUCACGCCUGUCUCCCUCUUUCUUGCUACCUCUGUGUUUACCUCUCUUUCUUCAAUAGACUGUGACACCGAAAACCUUCUUCUCAUUGAUGACCAGGGAAUCCCGUAUACUCUCAGUCCCGAUGGACUCAAAGUGCCGCAAAUCAGUUCUUCAAUGUCCGAGGAUCCUCAGUCAGAUCAAGCUGAUUCAUUAGAGGGCGAGAAACAGGGGUCGUCACAGAUGGCCACAUUAGCAGGCCCUAGCCUCAGCCAAAGUUCAGAUACUGCACUAAAUGCACCUUCCGAUGAACCGAACCCUUCACCAGCCUCAGCAACCGCUUCACCAUCUCCGAGAGAUCAGCUGACAGCAAACUCAGAUUCCUCUAAGGCACCAGAGCCAAGUGCUAAAUCUGUUCAGGAGGCUAACACUGUUCUGUCCCAGACCUCUGGGAUAUCAGUCCCGAACCAACCCAUCCAGAUCCUCGCAAACCCUCCCAGCAACACUCCUAUUCUCCUCCUGUCAUCCCCUUCAUCCUCCCCUCAGCUCUCCUCCACUCCGGUGGGUCUCUCACUCCCCCUUACUGUCUCUCAGACCUCGUCUGGUGCUUCUGCUCCGAUGUUCCUUCUCUUUUCCUCUGUACCCUCCUCCUCAGGUGAGUCCACCUCUACCUCCACUCCUAUCGCUGUCCUUGACCCUUCGACCGGUCAGCUUUCACAGAUCACUGCGUCCUCAGCCCCGGUGUCCCUUCCACUACCCUCUGGUCAGAUGAGCACACUUGGAUCACCUCUGCCCACGCUGUCACACCCCGUCAUCAGACUGAGCCCCAAUAACCCACCUGUCAUCCUUUCAGGAGUGAAUAAUGUAAACCCUGUUCUCAGCUCUCUUGCUGUUACUUCACCCUCCCCGGUGCUCCAGAACGACCACCAAAACUCUUCCAAUGGAUCCAUUCAAACCAUAACUCCGCUCAUUCAUACUCAAAUAAGUUCUUCCAACUCAAAUCCUGGAACUGAAGCCAUAUCUGCUGAAGAAGUCUCUGAUGAGAACAACAAGCCAUCAGCUUUUACAGCAUCCUCUCCACACACACAGCCUGCUAGUUUGACCUAUGACCCCUUAGCUCAGCCCAGCACGGAGGAAGAAGUCAAAUCACCGGCCUCAGAGCCCAAAUUCGAUUCCUCUGACCUGCAGCCUGAUCAUUUACCUCUGGAGGACCAUCUGUAUUUCUCCAACUCUGCUGCUCCUCCCUCCCCUCCUAUCGGACCCAUUCUCUCUUCCACCAAACUCGACCCACUCGACCCACUUGACUCACUUGACCCACUCGAUCCUCUCUCCCCAGCAGAGUCACCCAACACCAUGAACUCCCGCAGGGUGCUGUACUGCCAGCUGUGCCCACGGGUCUUCUUUUACCUCUCCGAUCUUGAGCGACACGCUAUCACUCACUCGCAAAAGAAGCCUCAUGUUUGCCAGCAGUGUGGCAAAGCCUUUAAACGUUCCAGCCAUCUGCAGAGACACAAGCACAUCCAUACAGGCCAGAGGAACUUUGUGUGCCCCAUCUGCGCCAAACGCUUCAGGGAGGCUGGUGAGCUGCAGCGCCACCAAAGGGUACACACUGGAGAGAAACCCUACCAGUGCCAGCUCUGCCACACACGCUUUGCAGAGCGCAACACACUACGCCGACACACCAAACGCAAACACCCUUACCACCAAGUAGCCAUGGAAAUGUUGAGUGAAAGAAGAAACGGAGGAGGCGGAGGCAACAGAGGGGAUGGAGGAGGCGGUGGUGGAUCUGGAGUACAGGAAGAAGAAGAGAGUGCAGAAUGGUACAGCUCCACUGUGUCCAACUUGGAGAACUCAGAGUCUGAAACAGAAACUUAAAAAACUGAAACCUGAAGGGGAGUAUUACGAGAUGAAGAGUUAAGAAAGACUCCGAUCAGACACUCAACUUUCCCCUGUUUGAAAACAUAUUUAUUAACAUUCAGAGGAGGGAGCACUUGCAAUAUUUAUUUCAGUUUUUUGAUAAUAAUUUAUUUUUAUGAAUGUAUAUUAUUCCAGUUCCAUAAAAUAGGGCCAAAAACGAAGGCUUCAAAGUCAUACAUGAUUUUGAAUUAGCCCUCUUAUAGUAAAAAGAUAUAUUAAAGGGAAAAGUCCUACUUUCAGUCAUAUUUUGUAUGUGUUGAAAAUAUCAAUUACACGUCUAACCUGACCUUGUGAAUUUGCAUUCCCAUACAAUCCAUAAAAUAUGUAAAACCCUAAAGUGCUCAGAAAAGAAGGCUAACUUAUUAACUCUAAACAAUUGUCUGCUUUAGUUGUAUAUAUAGAGUACUAUUUGUAAGAGCUGCACUAUCUUAUGUGAAAGAUGUAAUCUAUCUUUCUUACUGUCAGAGACACUGUGAGUCAUUUGCACUUCUUUUAUUUGAACUCAAUAUUUACUAUUUUUUACAUUGUGAAAGCUUAAGUUUUUAUUUUGUUGCCUGUUAACUUUAUUGUAUUUAAACCAUAUCAUGUAAGAGUUUGACCAAAUGUCAUGAGUUAUUCUGACAUAUAUUCAGAUAUUUGUUUAAUGUGAAUUAUGUUAACUUAUUUCAAUUAAAUUUUACCCACUGUCACUGGA